UGUUGUGGCCAGUGUCGGCGAACUUGCAGACGACAGCAUUCGGCGAAAGAUUUGGACGGGCGGGCGGGCGGACCGUGAGCAGCCGUUACCGAAACAAGUUUUUGGCAAGUAUCGAUCGAGCAAAGUCGAGCACUCUCUGCUUCCCUCCUUCAUCCCUACUCUCAUUUCAUGCAUUCUGCGUCCCCCUCUUCUUGGUUUGCUCGUUCUCCACCUCGAUAGCGUCCUUUGACAUCUAUCCAUGUCCGAUCAUGAUGAACACCAGCCUGCUGGGCCGUUCGAGGGUCCAGAGAAGCUCCUAGAGAUAUGGUUCGCUCCAUCCCCAGCUCAAGUGCCUGACGCGUCCGCUGUGGAUGGGAGGUUCGGUUUAAGAAAAAUUCCUCGAGCGGAGUGGGAAGUCAUGCUUGACAUCGUCAAGUGCAAAAUUCUCUCAGUGAUCGAAGGCACCGAAAUGGAUGCAUAUCUUCUCAGUGAAUCGGCUUUUUUCGUUUCACCCCACCGUCUGAUCCUUAAAACUUGUGGGACCACGCUCAAUCUCUUAGGUCUUCCUCGCAUCCUGGAAAUUGCGCGGGAACAGGCCGGUCUCCCCAACGUCUAUCAAUGUUUCUACUCACGAAAAGCGUUCAUGUUUCCUGAUCGCCAAUCAGGGCCCCACAGAGACUGGAAAGCUGAAGUGGAAUACUUGGACAAUAUCUUUCCCAAUGGUGCUGCAUACACUGUUGGAAAGGUUAAUGGAGAUCAUUGGCUGCUCUACAUUACUACCCCGGGUGAAGACUGCAACGGAAGGACGGCACAGAAUUCACCUGUCCUCCAUACUCACACGUUACCCCCUGUCGAGGGAGAAGCUAGCGGAAACACUUUGCCGGACUCACCAACGCAAGACUACACUAUCGAGAUUCUCAUGCAGAACCUAUCUGCUUCCUCCCGAGAACCUUUCCUUACCCCAGACAUAUCACUCGAUGCUCCCGAAGAUACCCCCUCUGUCCAUGCUCUCGCCCUCUCUUCAUCGCUAGGAAUAACCGACCUAUUCCCGACGGAGUUCACCACCCUGGAUGCAUAUUCCUUUACACCAUGCGGAUACUCUUCAAAUGCUCUCGUGAGAUGGCGUGAAGACGCUGGGAGCGACCUUUCACAAAACGGCGAAGGAUAUUACACCAUCCAUGUUACCCCAGAAGAAGGAUGGUCGUACGCAAGCUUCGAAUGUAAUAUUCCACUUCCGACCCACUCUCCUUCAUCACACUCCCGCAUACCUGAUUUAAAGACGCUUAUCCGCCGUAUCGUUAAUAUAUUCCAACCCGGGAAGCUCACCCUUACGCUCUUCAUCUCCAGUGAAGAGAAUGCCACUGUCGAAGAGGAAGGAGGAGAGACCGCGGUCGAGCGCGCCCAGAGGGCUUUCAAGGCUGCCUUGACGCUGCCGUCAUGCUGUGAGAAGGAUUCUGGUACCAAGGAGGAUGGCCGGGCCUUCAACGGACUGUACAGGAGAACAGACAAAAUUAAUUACGAAUUCGGCGGAUACGACCUUGCUUUUGCCAGUUUCGAACUUCGAUCAUGACGUCUAGUUGUGCGUGUAACAUCUGAUUGAUUCCGUGAGCAUGAACGAAGAUUGACGCGUGUGACUAUCCAGAAUUCUCAAUGGCCAGAGUCAACCGUACUGAUUUGCUUCCAGUAAGAUCGUGUAUACUUGUAAUCAUGAGAGAUUCCCGCGCCAUUCAAAAGGCUUUCUGUUGCCAAUAAAAAUAUAGUUAUACACCAAAGCGUGUGGAUUACUAAGUACAUUCCAAGCAAGCCCAUCGGCCAGAAUCAGUAUUAACC